AAACUUCAGGAGACGUUGAAAAAGGAAAAAAUAGAGAGAAAAAUAAACCACAUUCAACAAUCAACAUCACAAUCACCUCCAUAGACAAAUAAGAAAAAAAAAAAUAGAAGGGGAAAAAACAGAGAGAUUUGUAAGAAAGGAAAAGAUGGCACAACUGAAACGUGAAGAACAAGAGAUGGUGAAUCAAGAAACCGCAGAAAUGGAGAAGAAGGAGAGCAGCACCACAACCAGUGCUGCUGCUUCCUUCAAAUUCAAUGCCCAGGCACCUGAAUUCGUGCCAAGAUCACAUACCCAGGUCCCCAUUUCUGGUUAUUUCUAUCCAUGUUUCCACUUGCUUGGUGGGGGUGCUGGCUCUGCAGAUUGGUUGUAUGUUGCGGAUCAAGACCCUGUCCAUUUCAUUUCAAAUUCCAAUGGUUCUCUACCCAAUUCUUCCAAGAAUCUUCUCACCCAUGAUAUUCAGCAAAAGAUCAUCAAACAGGUAGAGUACCAAUUCAAUGACAUGAGUUUGCUUGCAAGUGACUCCUUGGCAAAACACAUAAACAAAGAUCCUGAAGGCUAUGUUCCAAUAUCUGUUAUUGCAUCUUCUAAGAAAGUCAAGGCCCUUGUGAGUAAUAACCAAUUGCUUGCCCAAGCACUUCGCUCCUCUUCACAGCUUGUUGUAAGCAGUGAUGGGAAGAAGGUUAGACGAAAGCACCUUUUCACUGAAAGAGACAAAGAGGAAUUGCAGGCUCAUACUGUGGUGGCAGAGAAUCUACCUGAAGAUCAUUCUCAUCAAAACCUCCAGAAAAUAUUCAGUGUUGUUGGAAGUGUGAAAAACAUCCGAAUAUGUCAUCCUCAGGAAUCCAAUAAUUCCCGUUCCAAGGGUGACUUUUUUAUCAGUAACAAGCUCCAUGCACUCGUGGAAUAUGAAUCUGUGGAGAUAGCUGAGAAAGCAGUUGAGAUGUUAAAUGAUGAAAGGAACUGGAGAAAAGGCCUCCGAGUAAGGAUGCUGCUCAGACGCUCGCCAAAGUCUGUUUUAAAGAACAGGAGGUCAGAAUUUGAUGGGAUUAUGGAUGAAGAAGAGGGACCACAUCCUGAAUUUUCAGAAGACUCCUCUCAUCCUAAUAAUACAGAAUUGGUUAUUGAGAGUAAUGCUGAAGAAAAUUCAAGUGGAUCAAAGAAAGGAUGGGCACGAGGACGUGGGAAACCACGAGGACGAACUCAGAUUACCUCUGGGAGGGGCCUGCUCGCUCCAUCCCCACAAUCAAGUGGCUCCAACCAGUUCGAAGCAUCUGCCAAACAGACUACCAAGGGACCAAGAAUGCCAGACGGGACAAGGGGCUUCACCAUGGGACGAGGGAAGCCAAUAAGUACUCCAGCUCUAGCAAGUCCACUCCUGGGGUGAUUCAUGGUGCUCCAUUUUUGUUUCAGACUUCUAGUUAUUAGGAUCUGGCUCCAAGUCUCCUGGUGAGUGUUGGGAAGCAAAAAAUAGGUAAUCUAGUCAAUAAUGUGUGCACUGGACUAUCAUCUAUUAGUUGGUUCGACCUCAUCAAUAAUCCAAUAUGUAUAAUAUUGUAUUUCAGAGCUCAUAGCAGUGCUCCUAGCUAUUAUAUGAGGAUAUGGUGUUUCUGGGAUGGGAUCUAGCUUCUCUGUUAUUGUAAAAUCUGUUAGAAUAAUGCAAUGGAGGUGUAAUAAUUAGUCGGCUUGCCUAGCAAACAAAACAUGUAAAUGCUACUCACCAAUCUAAUAAUGUAGCACAGUACAGUUUUUGAUC